AUGCAGCACCGGCGGAAGCGAGCCUGUGAUGCCAAUUGCCCUAAGUGGUCGCUGUGGUCGGAUCAACUUGUAGUGAUCAUACGCCGAUUUGACGGUUGGAACACCGCCCACAAAAUUGGGCGACACGGGGUAGAAGCUGAGACCCAUCCAUGGCGCCAUAUCCGCGUUGCCGCGCCGAAGCACUGCGGCAACGCGCAUCCCGCCCGCUACCUUUUUGCCAAGAAGAUGUAUCAACAGUACAAGGAAAAGAAAACGAGAAAGACACGAAGAUGCACAUCUCACGACGCAGUUUCAAGUGGUGGUUUAAACACGCUUUCAAACAAUGCUCCCUUCAACCUUUCAAACUGA